ACGCUCUUGUUCUCUCUCUCUUCAAAGUCCCACUGACAGUCAUUGCUUACGCUUUUGGCACAAGCUUCCCUCAGCGCCCCCUUAUUCUGAUCUCAAAGCUCCUCCGCCAUCCGAGUUAUCGUUCAGUGCUCGCCUCUUCGUCAGGGCUUUCCACAAACAUCCUUCAUUCCUAGUACGGCCAUCUUGACUCUCAGCAUUACUCACCCUUCGACACAUACCACUCUCAGGGCUCCCCCUUAACCUCCGCACCUCGCUCGGUAUCCACGCAAACUCGACGACCGCCUUCGUCCCGUCACACGCGGCCCUCCCCACGGCGAGAUGGAACCGGUCCCUAUUCUCAUCGUCGGUGUCGACAUUGGCAUGUCAACCAGCGGCAUCUCCUGUUGCUUGUUGCAACCCGGUGCUACCAACCCCUGCCAGCCGACAUCAAUAAGGCUACACGGAAAUACACACGAGUUGGAGCCGACCGAGUUGGGCGUGAAGAGCCAAACCUACGGCAGUGACAUCGGCGCCAACGAAACCAGGCUCACACUACUGAAACUCUCAAUGACGGAUCCUAAGGAUUGUCCCUGGGUCCUCAAGGACCUAGAGUCGCAUGACCGUGGCAUGAUACAACGGGAGCUUAACAGGAUCAUGACUCUCUACCCCGAGACCGAUGCGAUAACCGAGUACAUAAAUCGCCUGUGGGUCGAUGGGUCCCAGGGUGUGAGGAAGUACUUGAGUACCUUCAAUGACCUCCAGCCUAGUGGCGUGGAGGCACGAUUCGUCUUCGGUGUCCCAGCUAUCUGGAAGCAGCAAACUAUCCGCGAAAUGCGCAAAGCCAUCGGGAAAUCUGGCAUCCUUGCGUUCGGACGUCGUCAGCCCGCCGCUCUUGACUUCGUCCAGGAACCAGAGGCUGCCGCCAUGGCCGUAAUCCCCGGUGUGGCCCAGGGCCGUGGGCUCGACGUCGGAAACACAAUCCUCAUUCUAGACUGCGGCGGCGGUACCGUUGAUACUGUUGUGUACGAGAUCUCCUCGCUCAAGCCGGUGGCCGUCAAUGAGUGGGUGUCCCCGGAAGGGAGGUUCCUUGGGGCCAUCUUCAUGAAAAGCGCCUUCUCCUCUUUCGUCCGGGGCAAAGUCGAGAAUCAGAUGGGUGGUGACUAUCAAUCCGUCAAUCAGACUGCACUGGAUUCCGAGAUUGAAGUCGCGUGGACAGCCGUCGAGGAAGGCACCAUCGAGGACUUGACGGAAGAGGGCGUAUUCGGCAUCCUAAGCGUUCAGCGUACAGACGGGACCUACGCCCAGUCUGUGACGCUACAAAAGCAUGAUACUCAUAAGGCGCUUCAAACCUUUGCCGGGAGGAUUGUGGAUUUUGCUGAAAAGCAAGUGCUGGCCGCCGAUGAUCAAGUAACGCUGAUCAUCGUCGUGGGCGGAUUCGGGCGCAAUGCGGUGGUCCAAGAUGAGCUGAAGCGCCGGUUUGGACACGAGCUUCUUUUCUUCACCGAAGAUGCCGGGUGAGCACUUCUUGGGGGAGAGGUUGGCUAGGGUGCUCUAUACUGACCGCGCCCUUCGUAGGAAAACGUCCGUCAAGAAUGGCGCCUGCUUGGAGGGGAUGGCGAGGAUCCAAAACGAUGUCCACGACAACCUCGACGAUCAAGAUCAAGAUCAGGGUGCCGACGAUCACGAUCUUGAUCAGGGUGCCUACGGUCACGAUCUUGAUCAGGGUGCCGACGAUCACG